CACCCAUGAAAAUGUUCCACGCACUGUCCGGAUAUUGUCCCUUACUGUUUUUCUACUUGUUAUGAAGGGAGAGAAGAUAUCCCGUCAAAUUAUUUGUUUUUAACUCCAUAUAUAUACAUAUGCGAAUUGCCUAUAUUGUUUAGCUUGAACUAAACUUAGAAUCUGAGCAAUCAUCAAUGGCGUCAGAUUCUGUUGGUUUUAGAGUCCUAAUUCUAUUCAUCUGCUGCAACUUGAUUUUGGCCUCUCAUGGCCUAAAUUUUGAUGAAUUCAAAGUUCUCCAAUCGAUUAGAUCAGAAUUGGGACUGACCCAUCUCUGGAAAUCAACUGAAAAUCCCUGUAAAUGGCCCGGAAUCACCUGCAAAAACUCACCUGAGCACCAUGUAGUCUCUAUGGUCUUGCCAAAUCUUAGAAUACAUGGAUCUCUUCCUGCUCAAAUUGGACAUUUACCAGAGCUCCGGCAACUCUCCCUUGCCGGAAAUCAAUUUUCCGGGGAGAUUCCAUUGGAGAUUUGCAGCCUAAAGAAGCUUGAGAGCCUUGACUUGAGGGGAAAUCAGUUCUGCGGUGAAAUUCCGAACGAAGUUUCUGGUCUGGUAAGGCUCAAACACUUGGAUUUGAGGGGAAAUCGAUUUUCUGGUGAUUUGAUUUUCAUGAAACCUCUCUUGAAACUGGAGAAAAUACUCAUUUCUGGUAACAAAUUUUCUGGAAAAAUCCCACACCAGUUGGGUUUGCUUAAUCUCAAGGAGGUCAACUUCUCAGAAAACAAUCUUGAGGGCCGGAUUCCGAGUGGUUUGCCAGAGAACCCAUCUGAUUUUUCAGGUAAUCCAAAACUUUGUGGAUACCCUCUUCACAAACCAUGCUUCUCUUCCAUCUCUCACUUAAAACCCAAAAGAAAUAUUCCUCUCUUGAACCCAUUUCCGAGUCGCUUCAGACUUGCAGAGACCAAUUCAACACAUUCAACCAACUCCACACAUUCAACCAACUCAACCAAUUCAAGGACAAACUCAACAGUCCCAGCCCCAUCUCCUACCCCAAGCCCCCACAAAAAAAAGAAGAAAAACAGACCCCUUGGAGGCUGGAUUCUAGGUUUCAUAGUCGGGACCCUCGCUGGAUUCAUAUCGGCUAUCUUAUUCACUCUCCUCGUGAGAUUGAUCAUCUUAUGCAUUACGGGGGGGCCCAAACUCACAGGCCCUGUAAUCUACAGUCCAAAAUUAAUAAAGAGAGUGCAGGAUUUAGCAUUUUUAGAAACACCUGAUGGCCUCUCUUCUGCGGAGCUAAUCGGAAGAGGUGGGUGUGGUGAAGUUUACAGAGCUGAACUUCCUGGAAGUGAAGGAAAGAUGAUCGCGAUUAAAAAGAUAAUUCAACCCGCUUUCGAAGGACUGCCGGAAGAAGAUAAUAAGGUGUGCAGUAAGAGGAUGAGGCAAAUUAGAGCUGAACUAGAGACAGUUGGGCACAUUAGGCACAGGAAUUUGCUUCCUCUAAUUGCUCAUGUUGCUAGGAUUGAUUGCCACUACUUGGUGUAUGAGUAUAUGAAGAAUGGGAGCUUGCAAAAGGUUUUACAGGAGGCAGAAGAGGGGAUUAGGGAGCUUGACUGGAAGACUAGGCACAGGAUUGCAUUGGGUGUGGCAUCUGGACUUGAGUAUUUGCAUUUUCACCAUAGACCUAAAAUCAUUCACAGAGACUUGAAGCCUGCUAACAUACUGCUCGACGACGAAAUGGAAGCAAGGAUAGCCGAUUUUGGCCUCGCAAGGACCAUGCCAGACAAUGCCAACACGCACAUCACAACCUCCAAUGUGGCCGGAACUGUUGGUUAUAUAGCGCCAGAGUACCACCAAACACUCAAAUUCACAGACAGAUGCGAUAUUUACAGCUUCGGGGUUGUGUUGGUAGUACUAGUGAGUGGGAGGCAACCAUCCGAUGAAUUCUUUGCACAAACAGAUGAGGUUGGGAUGGUGAAAUGGAUAAGGAGCAUGAUGGGCUCGGAUACCCCAAAUCGGGCCAUUGAUCCCAAGCUUCUAGAGUGUGGAUUUGAGAAGCAAAUGUUGUUGGUUCUCAAGAUUGCAUGCUUUUGCACCGUUGAUGAUCCAAAGCAGAGGCCAGAUAGUAAGGAUGUUUUUGCCAUGCUGUCUCAAAUCCAACACUAGAGAUAUCUAGGCACCUCUUCCUUUGUUUGGAUGUAGCAGUUUGUGUACUUCACUAUAAGCAUUUGCUUUGUCAUAGUUUUCCUUAUAACUGGGGUUUUCUUGUGUCAUACAUAUGUAAUUGUGAGCAUUAGCAAGUUGGAUUAAUGUCUUAUAGAUGUGGGACAAAAGUCUCUCUCUCAAAGGUGCAUGUAUUUUAACAAUAGGGGAUUUGUGCAUGUAUUUUAACGAUAGGGGAUUAAAGAGGGUACUAAUAUGUCCCCUUUCCAUCUCA